UGGAGGCACAUGCGGCUGCAGGCAAGUUGUAGAAGGGAGAAAGAGCACAUGUGGCAGACUGGCAGUGCCAACACACCAAGCACAGGAGGAGUGGUGCACCCAGCACAGGAGAACUAGUGCACCCAGCACAGACAGGAGUAGUGACCGUGCCCCUGCACCCAGCACAGAAGGAGUAGUGCACCCAGCACAGGAGGACUAGUGCACCCAGCACAGGAGGACUAGUGCACCCAGCACAGGAGGACUAGUGCACCCAGCACAGGAGGACUAGUGCACCCAGCACAGGAGAACUAGUGCACCCAGCACAAGAAGACUAGUGCACCCAGCACAGGAGGACUAGUGCACCCAGCACAGACAGGAGUAGUGACUGUGCCCCUGCACCCAGCACAGAAGGAGUAGUGAGCGUGCCCCUGCACCCAGCACAGGAGGAGUAGUGAGCGUGCCCCUGCACCCAGCACAGGAGGAUAGUGACUGUGCCCCUGCACCCAGCACAGGAGGAGUAGUGAGCGUGCCCCUGCACCCAGCACAGGAGGAGUAGUGAGCGUGCCCCUGCACCCAGCACAGGAGGAGUAGUGAGCGUGCCCCUGCACCCAGCACAGGAGGAGUAGUGAGCGUGCCCCUGCACCCAGCACAGGAGGAGUAGUGAGCGUGCCCCUGCACCCAGCACAGGAGGAGUAGUGAGCGUGCCCCUGCCCAUAGAAGAUGGGCAUCAUGCAUCUGCUGCUGAGCUCUAUGGCCCUGGUUGGCUUUACGGUGGCAGUAUGCCAGCUGCUGCGCUCAGUGGCACGCUGGAAGGUGCGCUCAGGACUGGCACAGGAUCUGCUGGUAGAAGUUGUGUCCACCCUUCAGUUGAGCUGCUGCACCAGGGAGAUGUUCUUAUUUGGCACUUUAGGUGGCAUCCAACCCUGGCAGGGACUGGCGCUCACCUACCUGCUGACCGUAGUGCACUGCCUGACCUUCCAAGGAGCCACCUGUAACCCAUGUGGCAGUUUGGAGCAGUGGCUGCGGGCACAGUCCCCCGGGUCACACAUCAUCCUGAGGGUGGCAGCACAGUUUAUUGGUGCUGCGCUGUCCCGGGUGCUGAUGCCCAACAUCUGGCUGCUGGGAUUCUCCCCUCUGCACGAGUGGAAAGACGGGUGCAGGAGCCCCUUGAAUAUGGCACCUUGGCAGGGUGCCCUGGUGGAGAUGACCUGUGCCCUCAGCCUCUUCCUUGCAAUGCACUUUCUACCUCGAGUGAAGUCCCAGUACAGGCCCCAUGUGGUGGCCCUGACCAUCACCGCUAUCGUCUAUGAAGGAGGACCGCGGACAGGAGCCUUGUUUAACCCAGCGCUGGCCUUCGCCGUUGUCUUCUUGUGUCAAGGAAACAGCCUCGUGCAGUACAUCCUGGUGUACUGGGUCGGCCCGAUCAUCGGAACGGUCGUCUCCAUCGUGAUACUGGAACGCUGCAUUCCCAAACUGAAGCGAGAUAAAACCUCUCAUGUCAAAAGAGACUAGAAGAUCCCCCGGGAUCACAUGACCGCACCCUAAUAAUAACCCGUGCUGCAGCGAUCACCGACUCCUGUAAUGAAAUCUCCUCUUUUAUGGAUAGUUUAUGAAUUGUUUUAAUGGACUUUUCUUACCUCAUUAUUUUUGGUGAAGAUCAUGGACAGCAGGAUGGGUUCCUGCACCGCUUCAUAUAAAUGCUGCUCUCAUUGGCACCUUGUGGCAUUGAAGGACCAAGCAAGAUCUGAGCCUUAAUCAUUAGCUUGUGCCUGAUCCUAUUGAUAUUUUUAUGAAUGUCUCUAAAUCCUGCAUAUAAGGAGGUGACCAACCUGGCGCCCCAUGCCAAGCAAAUGUAUCCAGUGGUGGGUACUCUAAAUGCUAAGCCAGUGCUAUACAGAGUGCACCACCUUCUGAUCCAGUUCUAUGCCAUGUCCCUGGUGUCCUAGUGGUAGGUACUGUGUUGAGUAUGUGGGGACCCAGCGACGGGUAAUGUGCCCAACACCUAUUGGUACUCACUGUGCCAGGCUUCUAGGUAUAUACUGAUCCCAGUCCGCAUAAUGUGAAAAGACCCUGGUGGUCCAGUGGUAUAUGAUUUACCCAUGUCGGACACAAUGUGGCUCGUGACUGCCAAACAAGUGUCCUCUGCUCAGCGAGGGACUAUCCAGGACUCCAACACAUCUGUGAACCUGACUUCCGAUUGAGCAGAUUGGCACAGGAAGUGAUGUCUAUUUCUAAGCGACUGCUGAUUGGCUGCUUGCCUGUAACUUCCUGUCAGAAGAGUGAAAGCAGAGGCAUGAAGAAGGAGGUGGCUGUGAUGUAUACAGGCCACGGCUGGGGUUGGUUGUGGUAAUAAGCACAAUGUUAUACAUUACUAUGAAAGGCCUCAUUUACGUCACUAACUGGAGGGGGGGAGGGGGGGGGGUGGAGGGGUUAAGUAUGGAUGGUGUGGGAGAUAACUGGUUCCUAAAUGGUCUGUAGCCGUUGUAUACCAUAUGUAGGUAGUGGUGAUCUAGUGGUAUGUACCACAACCAGUCCCUAUAGAAUGGUAUAUAAUGUGCUCAAUUCAUUCAGAUCCAUUGGUAUAUACUAUGCAUAAUAUGUGAUGAUCCAGUGGUAUGUACUGUGCCUAAUAUCUGGUAAACAGUGGUAUAUACUGUGCCUAAUAUGUGGUGAUCCAGCGGUAUAUACUGUGCCUAAUAUCUGGUAAACAGUGGUAUAUACUGUGCCUGAUAUCUGGUGAUCCAGCGGUAUAUACUGUGCCUAAUAUCUGUUGAUCCAGCGGUAUAUACUGUGCCUAAUAUCUGAUAAACAGUGGUAUAUACUGUGCCUAAUAUCUGUUGAUCCAGUGGUAUAUACUGUGACUAAUAUUUGGUGAUCCAGCAGUGUAUACUGUGCCUAAUAUGUGGUGAUCAGGUGGUAUAUACUGUGCCUAAUAUCUGGUAAACAGUGGUAUAUACUGUGCCUAAUAUCUGAUAAACAAUGGUAUAUACU